CAGUGACGUCCCACAAGUGUCAAGCGCGUCUGCGCAUGCGUGACAGACAUGCGGAUAGAAGAAAUGUAAACAUUACAAGGAUAUUUGACUAGUUUCAGCAUUGACAACAUGUACAGAGGAAUAAUCAUGUGGUUCCGCGGUCAGGACACUGCAUUUCAAAGAGGAAUGUGUUGUUUAAUGCGUCUAUACGUAAGCAACGUCAGAUCAGAGGACGAUAUAAAGAACUUCAUUAUAGACAACACAGAAGUAGUAAGCAGCCAAAGUUUAACCCCAGAGAUUUCUUUAAGACUGUUCACACCCACCUGCCGGUUUUGGACGGAGAAACCUGAAUUGUGGCCUUUCCCUGACCCGUACUGGGCAAUAUAUUGGCCCGGUGGACAGGCGCUGGCUAGGUAUCUCUUGAAUAACCCCGAGGUGUGUGGAGGCAGGAAGGUGCUGGAUCUUGGCUGUGGUUGUGGAGCAUCAGCCAUUGCAGCCAGACUCAGUGGAGCUUCCCAUGUGGUGGCCAAUGACAUUGAUCCAAUUGCUGCCAUUGCCACAAAAAUGAACUGUGAACUGAACAACGUGGACCCUUUACCUUGUGUGACAGAAAACAUGAUCGGUUCAAAGCCUGAGGCCUGGGAUCUCAUUCUUCUAGGAGACAUGUUCUAUGAUGAAGGUCUGGCUGAUCAUCUGCAGGAGUGGCUCCAGACGUGUAUAAGCACACAUGGAACACAUGUGCUCAUUGGUGACCCAGGACGGGCUCAAUUUGAAAGCCAUGACAUUAGAAAAUUAUUACAUCAGCGGGCUUACUUUGAGCUACCAGACUCAGUUAAAGAGGAGAAUUAUGGACUAACAAGUAGCACAGUGUGGUGCUACAACUACAAACCUAAUCUUUAACAGCUAAUGCAUUCAUGUGUAUGUAAACCAUGUACAUAAUUAAAUCAAUUUAAAAAAAUUAC